GAAUGAUUAGACAGAGAUAGGUGGCUCUUUAUCAUUAUACUAUCUUAUUCUCAUUUUUUACUUAUGAACGUAACAUAACAGUGUGUGUGUUCGUGCGUGCGUGCGUGCGUGUGUGUGCACGUUCCUGUAUUAUUCGAGUUCAGUGAUGAAUAUUAAAUAUUCAUUAAGUUAAUCAAUCUGAAUCUAUCAUUAUGUACUGCAGAUGGCGCAAUAUCUGAUUAUUAAAGCUGAUUUGUCAAGGCAAUUAUUCCAAAGAGCACGUAGAUUCCAAAGAGCACAUACUUGUGCAUCAAAUUGUCUGCAGAUCGCGCUUAUCAUUGAUCGUGCAUCGCGCGUUGCGUUCGAGUUUUCAUAACUAGCACAUGCGAGUCUCUGCGUGGACGAGGUUUCACAUUCACUAUCAUUGCGAUGGCGAGUAACUACAGCGACAGCGUCGUGCAUCACACUAGGCAAGAACUGACAAGUGACGAUAAAAAAUAUGCAGCGGUACAUUUGAAUGAAACUGACGAGAUGAGAAAGAACGCCAUUGCGGAGAUCAAACGCUGGAUCGAAGAGUGCGACGAUUUGCGCGUACAAAUCAGUAAAAAUGAUAGAGGUGACUUCCUUAUCCUGCGAUUUUUGAGAGUUUGCAAAUUUAAUCUUGAGAAAACUAAGAUCAGACUGCAAAACUAUUAUAAACAGCGAUUUUGCUUACCAGAAUGGUACAUGAAUAAAAAUCCAUUUCGACCGGAACUACAAGAACUACUUGAUUUAGGGAUAGCUUUGCCUCUGCGGAAACCGGACAAUCAUGGAAGAUUGGUUAUCAUCAUGUAUGGCACUCGGCAUGACCCGAAGAAACACAGAGUUUCAGACAUAGCUAAGAUCACCAUGAUGGCAAUAGAAAUUGCGACAAAGAAUUAUACCGCAGCAUCUGUGUAUGGCUGCUCAGUGUUCAUAGACGUAGCCAAUCCGACUAUACAACAUGCUCUUCAAAUGCGACCCCAAAUUAUAAUGAAUUUGGUUUACGCGUGGCAGAGUAGCUAUCCUAUGAGAAUUCAGUCGAUUAACUUUAUUAACGCAGCCAAAUAUAUCGAGAUUGUUUUGAGAAUUUUUAGAUCUUUUAUGAUUGAAAAGAUGAAGAAUAGAUUGCACGUUUACACACAAAGUGCGAUGCAGAACUGUUUCAAGGAUAUUCCGGUUAAUAUUUUGCCCAUCGAAUUUGGAGGCACUGAUGGUACACUUCAGGAAUUAGCAGAAUAUUGGAAGAAAUUAUUGGAGGAAAAUCGCGACUGGCUUAUGGAUGAUGAAAAAAAUUGUUACUAAUCUGAAAUAGUAAAUUCAGAAUCAACGAAAAUGUAUAUUCUUAGCACACACUUG